UUUAAACUGGAGCCGGAUGAUGAAAUUACUUGGCGUCACCGCCGUACUCUUCACCUUUCCGACACCGACCACCGCGACUUGUUGACUAGACAUGAGUACAAUUGAUGCGACCAUGGAGGAUAGUGGUGCUGUUGUGCGGCCUAAAGCUCAAUGGAAGCAACUGGGGCCUGUGGAGCAGGAGGCCGCUGUGCACGAGGAAGUGAAGAAAAUGCAGAGGCUGCCUGCUAACAGUGGCUAUGUUUCGCAUCGAUUGCGGGUUCUUAAUAAGAUCCUGCAGCUUCUCUCCAUUCAGAGAACUACAUCACAAGAUCACGAGUUGGAAUUGCUUUUUGCUGGGCUUUCAAUAUGAACUGAACCUUCCAAGGCAGUGGUCACUUGGUCAGUGGCAUAAUCAUCUUGCACUGGGAUCUAUCAUCUAUAUAUGUAACUACAUGUUAGUCUAAAUUGUAAUGUUUUGUUUCCAACAUUGUGGCAUAUGUUUCAUUGCUCAUUCUGUUGUUAAUCUGAAGAAAGAGAAUUUUGGUAUGUA